AUGGCCAGAUCAAGCUUUGCCCGUCCAGUCAAAUCACCUCGCAGAUCUGUCUCCUUUGCUGAUAGUCAAGAUACCAAAUCCACCACCGCUCAGAUGGAAGGCGCUAGCAUCCUUAGAAGAAGUCCCAAAAAGCUCAUUAUCGCUUUUCCACAUCAUCAAUCGAUAUCAGCAAGAGUUAGAAAACCUCACAUAGUUACAAGAAAGCAAGCUGAGUUGACUUUGGUCCUCCACAUCAGUAAGGAGUACCUCAGUUUGAAUGCGCGACCUGAAAUCAAUAUGGAAGAGGAACUGCGACUUUCUGUUUUACGCUGCAAAAAAGCUGAAGAAGAUGAAGCGAGAAAGCAAGCAGAGGCAGCUGAAGAAAUAACUCGAGUAGCAGCAGCCGAACAGGAAGCAGCUAAACUUCAUCAAGAAGCUCAAAUUCAACAAAUAGCCAAUCAACCUCCAUUCGACUUUGAUAACCCCGCCACAUGGAAGAACUGCAAUCGAACUAUCACUGAUGAUGGUAUGCCUGUUUCAACUUCAAGAGCUCACGUCCCUGACAUGGAAGAAAUCAGACAAGCUCUAAUUACCACCACCACUGAGAUGUUCCACAUUGAUAAACUUAAAGCUACAGCCUCCACCAUCAAGCUCAAAGUUCGAAAUCACCUCCAUCUUGAACGAGAUUUCUUUAGUAAAAAUGGUUGGGCUGAAAGAGCGGAUAUGAUCAUUAUGAGAGCGUUCCAAGAGGCUUGGGUGGUGUUUGUGGGGGAUAUUACAGCUGGUGCGGAAGAGCUUGUGCUUUUGGAUCAUCGACUUAACUUCUACAUUGCUACUUCAGGUUUGGGGAGACAUUUUAUGAGGAUUUAUGGGCUGGGUUAUGAUGGUGGUUACUGGUUAUAG